GCCAGGAAGCAAGCGUGUUGUGGUUUUGGUCCGUCGGGAGAAAAUACAACCAACAUUGGAUAAUCAUUACAAUGGACUCUGAUGUAAUUUCUAAUACCUAAGAUCAGUGCGUAAAUAUUUCGACGAAAUGUUAUCGUCGCGAGGCUCUCCUAACUCAAUACAGUAAAUGAACAGUCAGUGUUUGUCCAUCAGAAUGUCGGACGAAAUAUGUUUGUAUGAUACUACUUAUGACUGUGUGCCAGACAGUCUGUUUGAUAUUUGUAUGGACUACAUUGUGGUGAAUCUUAACACGAUUACUAAUUUUGACCGUGAGACGCGAUGGCGUCGAUUCAAAGAAGAUGUUAUAUUGCCUUCCGAGAUUUGCGAAAAAUUUAUUCGCGCAUACCAGAAAAAAUAUCGCAUAAACGACAACAUUGCGAAUAUGUUCCGUGAUAAAUAUCGCACCCGGUUGCAUCGUGUUAGAUUGCGAAACUCUCGCAUUACUGAUGAAGGGCUGCGCUGUCUGAUGGAGCACAAGCCCUAUGAAGUUGAACUUAACCAAUGUGAGUAUUUGUCGCAAGCAUCUCUGGAAAUCAUCAGCAACAAUAGUCAGAAUCUGGUGUCACUAAAAUUUGGCCCCCUGACUUACGUAUUUCCACAAGAUGAAGGUAUCUACCGCCAGCGCGGAUACAUUAUCUAUGCUCCCAACCUUAAGAGACUUACCAUCCAGCGGCGAGGUCUGGCAAUAUUCCCUUUGCUGCUAUUGAAACCACUACAGCACCUGACUCAUCUUGAUUUGUCUGAGUGUACGUCGGCUGGCUCAAUUUGGGCUUUGAAUGAGAUGACCAACUUGCGAUACUUGGUAUUGCAUGCAGUCCCAUGGACAAAAGACUUAAUUGAUUGGAUAUCUGGUAUGCGUCUCCUCACACACUUAGAUAUUUCUCAGUCAAAUGAGAGACAUGGGAAAUACUUUACCCCAAAUGAAAUAUUGACCCAGUUAGUGGAAAGCCUAACAGAAUUGGAGUCACUGGAUAUUUCUGGCACUAAUUUGGCGGGCACUGGGGCUGCUGCAGUUUCUACUGUGCAUCAAGGUACUUCUGACAGUAUGGAGUAUGAAGUACGCUGUGACAUACCAGGACUGGUGAGCCGAGUCAACCGCCCACUUGAGUUUCUGGGCUUGUAUGGCACUCAUCAUGGAGCCUGCAAGCGUCAUGAUAUACCCGCUAAAGUGAUCACUGGCGAUGCCAAUGAAGAACAGAUUCUCACUGCAGCUCGCGCUUAUAUGGAGCGACCGGCCAUGUUGACCCGUGUCCUCAAUGAUCUGUAUUAUUUGUUCCGUUACGAGAACAAUGCAUACGUUGGCCGAGCUCUGUCUGUUGUCCUUGAUGCUAUGGAUCAACACGUUACGGAGAAGCAUAUCCAGAUAUCAGGAAGUGCCACCCUGUUCUACAUAGUAAAAGGCAAAGAAAAGGACCGUAUCGGCAUGAAGGUGAAGAGACGUAUCAUCACCGCGCUUCUGGACGGUAUGGAGGCCCAUCUCGGCGAUGACACUAUGAUGAGGAAUGGAUGCCUCACUCUGUGCCAAUUCAAAAUCCCAACCGACGUGUUGUUCGAAUAUGAGCGUGUGGUACAGAUUCUUUUAAACGGGGUGGCCGACGUCAAUCAGGAAGGCUUUGUGCAGCGCAUCGCUAUCUACUUAUUAAACUCAUUAGCCUGCCAGGUUGACGGUAAACAAAAGACCUUCCUCGGAAAUCAAGGAGCUAUAGGGAAAAUGCUCAACUUGAUAUCUGACCGGUUGGAGCGCCGCAUUUGCGACGAUGUCCUGGAAGUGGCCUGGUCCACUAUGUGGAACGUUACUGAUGAAACCCCGCAAAACUGCCAGCGCUUCUUAGAAAAUCGUGGCAUGGAGUACUUCCUUGCCUGUCUCAAGAUAUUCCCUGACAAGGAAGAGCUGCUGCGAAAUAUGAUGGGCCUGCUGGGCAAUGUGGCUGAGGUAGCUCUGUUACGUCCACAGCUCAUGAACAAGCUGUUCCUGUCCGUGUUUUACGAGCUUUUGGACUCCUGCAGCGACGGCAUAGAGGUAAGCUACAAUGCUGCCGGUGUGCUUGCUCACAUGGCCUCCGACGGGCCGCGAGCUUGGACCGUGUCAGAGCCUGCCCGAGACAUGGUGCUCCAGCGUGUGGCCGCUGCCGUUGAGCGCUGGGAUCUACGUGCCGAGCGCAAUAUUAACUAUCGCUCGUUCGAGCCGAUCCUAAGCCUCUUGCACGCUCAUCACACACCGCAGUGCCAACACUGGGCUGUGUGGGCUCUCGCCAAUCUGACAACUGUUUACCCCGACAAGUACUGCACCUUGGUGGAAGCCGAAGGUGGCCUGCGACUGCUGAACGAGUUGCUGCAACACCCGCGCCCCUACGAGCCGAUCAAGAAGCUGGCCUACAUCGUGAUCGACAACUGCGCCCGCUACGCAGCCAGAGACACCGCCUAUAGCCCCCCGCUCUCAUCGUCCCCUGACAACUAACUAACGGAGUUUUUCGAGGAGAUCAAUCCUCGACUGCGUGAAUAGCGCCGGUGUUGCAGGAUCACCAUGUGUGUAAUACUAUCUGCCAUCAUCGUCACUGGAGCGAGUUCAUUGUUUGUCAAGAUCAAGUAUUUUGGUCAGUAACCAGUAGUUAUGGCAACCUUGCACACAUGGACUUGUCACAAGCCAAAAACUUUUAAAAUUUAUCAUUAUUAUCAUGACCUAAGGAAUCACUGUGUUAGUACAAUAAGUAAAUUAUGGAUGGCACACGCCAGUAAAUGUAAGCGAAAUUUUACCUGUACUAGAUUAGAACUAAUACCAUUUCUAUCAAGAUUGAUGUAUAUCGAGCUUACAACCCUGGGGCUGACCACCAUCAAUUGCUAUGUCAUUGCAACGCACAGAGCUCUAAUAAAUAACUAUUCUAAUCAAUCUAAUCGUUCUUGUUACACUUAAAGUUAGAGACCACAGGUGGAUAUGUAGAUUACGAGUCAGUCUACAUUGCGAUCUGUGGUGUAACUGUUUCUUUCAUACUUGGUUUUCUGGCAAACAAGAGCCUGCCAUCUAUGGCGACUACCGUUUUGAUUUCGUAUAGCCAAUCACCACUGCAUAUUUGAAAAUGAAGCAUACAUUUCAUGGUGUUGGUCGGCUCUUAGGUUUACGAUACAUUUUGAGAACAUAAACAAUAUUUAUAUCAUUGUUUGUGAACCUUGAUCCCCCUUUAGAUUCGUCUAAACAUAUUUUCCUAUUUCUAGAAUAUAAAAUAAGGCUACACCUGACACUAAGACUCAGUGACAGUUUAGUUGAUGGCAGCUAUCGUUAAGUUUAUAAUUAUGAUUAUUGCUUAAAUUUUCGUUUCGUGCUUAGUAAGAAUAUGAUCUGUACUGUGUAAUAUAGUUCGAACUUGGUAGAAUCAGUUUAUAAUAAGUAACUAUAAUAUAUUAAUUUUUAAUUUAUGACAAAUUAUUGGUAAAUAUGAUUAUUGUUGGUCUAAAAAAAUUAUUUUAAGCUCCGUGAGAACAUAAUGUUUGGAGAUAGUAUUUAAUUGUUAGUGUUAGCAUGAUCAAGGCGUGCACACGACACGGUUUGCCUCAAUUUACUAUUCGAAUAGUAAGACAAAGAGCCACUUUAUUCGAGGUUUUAGCACAUUGAAUUACGACUACAGUCGAUUGCGAAUAAAUUAGAGUAGCGUCUGCGAUUGUGUGAAGGUUGUGGUGAAAAUAUGUAGCUUACUUAGAAACUUGAAUACUUGUGAUAAGUUGUUGGGGAAAUCUCGAAUAGUGAAAUGGAGCAAAAGUUGCAUGACCUUCAUUGUAGUAACAUAAUAAAAAUGUUCUUUUAAAUUGACAAAGUUACAUAUAUUUUUGACUUUGGGGCAAAAGUUGAUUGUUCCUCAUUUGUUACAAUUCAAAUGAGUAUAUUAUUUUAUUUAUAUCGUCGGGCGAUAUGAUUUAUAUUUAAUAAAAUUAAAUUUUUAUACAGAUUCUAUAUCUCUCGUAUAUAGUCAGGUUGUCUCUCGUGCUGCGGGGAGCAACCUGAGAUUUAUAUUAGGCAGAUGCACAGCAUCCACCAAAUAGUAGCAGCAAGUGGGUUGCCACAAAUAUUAUGUACUGAAGAAGCUGCGCUGGCAGCUAAUGUUAUUAUUAUUGAUAUAAUUAUUACAAACGGAAUAUAAAUUAUGUCCAUUACUGUCCACGGCAAAACCACACAAACCUUAUGUUGGUUGUUUUAUUUUCGAUUGUCUGUAAACACCAACUGUUCAAUUACAUCGAUGAUGUGUCGUAAAAAAAUGAUCCUUUGUAACUCUUUACUUAAAUACAUCCAGAUAUACCUAUAACAUUUUAUUCUUGACAUUUUAGUCUACUCAAAUCACGAUACAUCUACAUCGGUCCGUCCCGUUUCCGUUGCCAGUGUCUAAUAAAUAUUUUGAUAUCAUAUUUCUACUAACUAUCAAUACUAAUACUAGUCAUAUCGUCUUAGUUGUGUGGAUAUUUGCAUUAUACUAAUAAUCAUAAUAAAAAUAUGCCUAAACAUCUGAUUAUUACAAGACGUAAACGAAAUUGAAACUCCGUGAUUUUCCGAAUGAAGAUUAUUUAUACGAGUGAUGAUGUUACGUCGUUGCCACAUAAAGUAGUGAUGCUGCUAUUACUUGGCUCUUUUGUUUUACAUAUUGUUAAUGUUGCCUUACACGUAUUGCACUGCGUCAUCAUACAACAGUUGUCACGCGAAAUAUUGAAUGAACUCCAACAUAAAACGGAGGAACGCUUUAUAAUUUCGCUAAUGUAAUUUAUUUAUUCUAAACUCUUGACAUUACGAUUUUCUAAUUUAUAUGAAUUAUUAUUGAUUAUUGUGUUUAUAUAAUGACAUUGAAUUGACAUUGAAUUCCUUAGGUGCUCCGCAGACUACUUUUUAUCGGCCGAUAGUUGAGGCUGAUUCGAAGCGCGUAUUUUGAAUGAAAUACGAUAUAAUAAUGUUCUGAUUGGUCGCAUAUUAAAGGAGACUUCAUGCCCAUACUUAAUACAAUGGGGCAACUAUCGGAAGAUAGUUUUGGUAGUCUGUGGGGAUAUUUGCAGUACUAGUAAUUAUAAUGAUUGUCUAUUUAUCAACAAUAUAAUUAAGCAUUUGAAAUUGGUAUUCAUUACGUAAUUCCGAUCAGAUUGAUGUUAUUAUAAAAUUUUGGUGUGCUUAUUGUUUAGCUAUCCAGUGUACAUUUUUGGAUCACAUUGCAUUCGAUUUGGAAGCGAGUCGGUGAGUCUUGAGGACUAAAAUGUCGUUCCAAAAAUUGCAUUGUUGAUGUAGCUUCAUCAGUAUUGUAAUUGAAUUAAUGUUUGAUACAAUAGUUUCAUUCAUGUGUCAUAGGUGUCUAUUAUAAUUAUCUUUGCAGCGUGCAAUCGUGCUUUUCUUGUUAGUUUGGGUAAGAAAUGCUUAGUUUGGCAGAUUCAUUUGUUGGAUUACUCAUUGAAUGUCGAAUAGUAACAUUUACGAUGGAUGGUUUGGGAACGGACAAACCCAACAGUCGGCACUGUGAACUCAGUGUGCGGAAAAGAACCCGUAUAGGAUCAGUUGGCACUCUGCAAAUACACACAGAGUAAAGGUUUUGUUAGAGGAGCACUGACAUGUCUGGCAUGCGCAUGCGCUGCAAGCGUAAGCGUGCCUGAGCGUCGCGGGUACUUCUUAGGACGGAUUAGAAAAGCACUUGAGGAAAGCAAAGCAAAUGAUUUUUGACUUUCAAUGUUAUCCCUAGAAAUAUUUUAAGAUAUUAGCCGAUUAUUGCCGUUGAGAAUUUGGAGUCUUAUUACAUUGUGCUGUUCAGGAACGAAUUAAUUGUACAAGAAAUGUAUAAGCGAGGGAUAAAUAAUGGAAUUAUUUGCGGAUUAAAUCGGCCUUGCAUAGAGCACAUGGUAAACGGCAUCAUUAUAUGUAUGUGUAGUGGAUUUUAACAUUUUAUCACGUUUUUGUCGGAUCAGUCGUAACAGUAUGGCAGUCGGUGUUUUAUGAUGUUUAAUAAAGUAAAGAAAUAGUAUUACAUUUUAUCUUACGUGUACAUCGGUACUGUAUAACCGAUCGUUAGAUGUUUAAUGUCUAUUUUAUUGUAAUCUUCUUAGUAUGAUAAUCUUUGUGAGGUUCGCACAUGGUUUAUUUUAAUUUUAUUGUUUGUUAUUUAAUUAAAGCCCUAACAAUUUGUCUUCUUGAAACAUCCAAUUGCCGUGUCAUAUAUGACUAUAACAUAAUUCUGUUUUGUUGUUCAUUAUAUUGUAUGUUUACUGUCGUUGAUCAUGUAUAAAUCUAGAAAUCUUACCUCUCUGAUUGUCAUUAUAGAGAAUAAUAAGUUAUCAAUAAUCAAUAAAUAUCUGAAUGUCCAUA